GUAUAACAUAUUGAGAAGCGUUUCUAACAUUUUGAGAAAGAUUUUACUAUUAUGACUGAGUAGCAAAAUGUGUUGUUGAUUUUGAAAGAUUCAAUUUGGAAUGCGGAAUGACUGAAACAAAUUAUUGGGGUUAAUGUCUUGAAAUGGUGCUAGGUGGCGUCGCAGCUUUGCGAAACGUUUACUGGUGGCGCUAGCCACUACCCCGUUUCAAGCAAACGGCGCAACUUUUGAAGUGGUUGGUUCAGUCCAGCAGUUGCGUGCAGAAAGCCAAAGUUCUUCAUUCUAUGGGAGAGCCAUGGCGCAAAACCUGACACCUUGCGCACCCAUCAAGGAACCGCGUGUUUCCGAGGGCCAGCGGGAGACGGUUCUCACUUUUAUGGAGCAGCAUCCCCAGCUGGCUUUAAGAUCCAGCAAGCUGGGGCCAGGCUUCACUGUUGGCAACUGGCGACGGCCGUGGCAGCAGCUGGCCCAUGCGCUGAACGAGGAAGGGCCUGUCAUAAAAACGGUGAAACAGUGGCAGGAGUGGUGGCGAAAACAGGUGUUCGAGGCCCGCCACGACGCUACCACAAUCGCCCAAGAGCAAAGAAGCACUGGAGGGGGUCGCUUUUCCGUCUUCCACGGCCGAGUACUGCAGCUGACGGGGACAGUCCGCUUGCGUGGCAUCACCACCCUUCCCUACCAAGAGUGGCAGAGGAUCCACCGCGCGGCACAUCAGUCACGCGUCCUGCACGGCCACCACGUGGACAGCGACCGCGACGGGCGGACACCCUCCCGACCAUGUCGUCGCAAUGUGCCCGCAGCCUCAAACAGGGCGACGAGAUGCUCCAGGUGCUGCGGAGGAUUGAAGAAUCCACCACCCGCCUCGCUGUCGCGGCAGAGAGGACAGCAGCAGCUCAGGAGGGCAUCAUGGGGCAGGAGCGCUCCAUGGCACGGGACAUAG